AUGCGAAGCGAAAAAAAAGGUACGUACAUACACCAACCUCCAUCUUCAUUCCGCCCCCUCCACCCCAUUUCUCUUUCGUCCACAAUCCGCCUGAAUCAGCCGCGCAACCACUCGUUUCCACACACACACACACGAAUCUCCAUCCUUCACCUCCUGCCAAACCCGCAUCUCAAACACGCAAAGGAAAAAAGUGGCCUGAGGGUAGGUCUCCAAGUUGAGCCUAACCACCCUAUCAGACUCACUCGUGUGGGUACCCAAGCCGACAUAACCGUUACACCUACACCCAAACGAACACUCGCCAAGUUCAAGGAAGCAGUCAUUAUUAAUUGUUUUUUUACCUGCUACCCUCUGCUCUUUCGAUUGGGCUCGUUAGGGGUAUAUCGGAAUGCUUCCACGGCAUAUGAUGGACCGUUUGAGGAUAAGUGGGGAGCCAAGCGGGUAGCUUGCACGUUUGGAAACCGUAACUGCAUUACCACGCGCGGCGACAAGGGCUUGGGAGGGUCCCACCAAGGCUUGUACGAGGAGGUAUUGAAUCGGAAAGGAGGUGCUGGCUCGUGCGGAUGGAUUGUAGUAGAUUCGAGUGAGACCUGCUUCAGUAGUACCUUCAAGGAAGAACUUGUGGCAUUGGUUUACUUGAAAGUUCAGAUUGGAGAUGCUGUAUCUUCCAUUUACUGGAGUUUUCGCUCAGGAGGCAUCUACAAGCGAACGUUUUGGGUCAGCACGUGCAUCCGUUACCAUGGCCAAACACGACGAAGCCGGCUUGGCUUAGGAUGCAUGACUGCGUGGGGCCGAGAAAAAAAGAAGGGCGUUGUUGACGGCAAGGGCGAUAUCAAGCGAACUUUAGCAUCUUGCGUCAUCUAUCCCGCCAGAUCGGUUAUCUCACAUGUCAGCACUUGGUCUAUGCAUGACACUCGUCCCCGUUGUUCGCCGGCUAUAUUCCGCGAUUACAACUGCGCUGAAUCGUCGGGAGUGGAAUCGAACAAUCACGAAGCAUCGACAAAGAAGGACCAAUUGAAGCUGACAAGGCAGAAAAACAAAAACAACGACAACCAAAUGCAAUCGAUAGAUGUAGGAAGCGCAAUCAGGUUUCAUUAUUGGUUAGCUCUGCACCGAUAA